AUGGAGACAGCGGAUGAGAUCAGGCAGCCCAAAAAUGAGGCUGUAAAUUAUGUUUCCAUGCAGCCCAAUACAGAGGCUCUGAUAUCUGACCAGUCUGGAGAGGAGGCUUUCCAUUCUCGGCCCGGUAACGAGACUUUCAAUCCUAUCCCUCCACGGCCGGGUUCCUUUCUUACUUCUCAGACUCGGCUGCUAGAGUCACAGGCUCCCUUGAAGCCUGGUCCACAGUUGUCGUGGCAGCCUGGCUUUCAGGCCCAUAAAAGACCUGCUCAGCAGCUCUUCAAGAUCAAGAGGCUGAUAACCAUGCCCCUCAGCCCGACAAUCAGGCUGCUGGGGGAAAUAAUCAGGCUCCACAAUUGCCUGCCGCUGGGACACAGCCAGUACCUGGCAUUCCAGCUGUUUGGGCGAUUUUUCCUGAAAACCCUUACAAGGAAGACCAUCACCCUCGAAGCUGAACCCUCGGAUACAGUAGAAGAUGGAAAGGCCAAGAUCCGGGGUAAGGAAGGAAUUCCUCCUAAUCAGCAAAGACUGAUCUUUGCUAGCAAACAACUGGAAGAUGGAUGUACUUUGUCUGACUACAACAUUCAAAAGGAGUCUCCUCUUGUGUUGAGAAUUAGUGGUGGUGCUGAGGAAAGGAAGAAAAGAAGAAGUCUUACAUGCAAGAAGAAUAAGCACAAGAGAAAGAAGGUGAAGCUGGCUGUCCUGAAAUAUUAUAAGGUGGAUGAGAAUGGCAAAAUUAGUCACCUUUGUCCAGGGUGCCCUUCUGAUGAAUGUGGUGCUGGAGUGUUUAUGGCAAGCCACUUUGACAGACAUGAUUGUGGCAAAUGUUGUCUGACUUACUGCUUCAACAAACCACAAGACAAGUAA